AUGCAAACGUCAGAUGCGGAGUACUAUGCUGGAAUAGCGGGGCAUUCAAUUGAAAAUUGUACUAGAUUUAAGAAGGCCGUAGAGAGGUUGAUCAAGAUGGGGGUUGUGAAAUUUGAUAGUACCCCAAAUACUGAAAACCCUUUGCCAAAUCAUGACAAUCAAGGAGUGAAUGCCAUUGGCGAAGCUAGUGAAAGAAUGAUAAAGGAAAAUAUUGCUGAGGUGGGGAUGCCUACGAAGGUGAUUUGGGAAAAAAUGAUGAAGAGAGGGAUGAUAACUUCUAAGAAAGAAAGAGAGAAAACGGGGAACUACUAUGAGUUCCAUGGAGAAGAGGGUCAUGAGGCCCAAAAUUGUGAAGAAUUCAGAGCCUUGGUGCAAGGCUUUAUAGAUAAUAAAGAGCUACAAAUUUUUGAAGGUAGCUCUUAUAAAAGAGAAAUAAGUGUGCUGGAAGGGCCGGAGGUAGAGAAUAUAGCCAGCGCAUCUAAAGAUAUUCAAGCGGAAGGUUCUCACACGCGGAGUGGGAAGCAUUAUGAUACGGGGGACGUCAGAGUAGAGCCCACAAAAACAAAAGGUGUUGAGGUGGAGAAGGAGACCGAAGUACCCAUCAAUGAGCCAGUAAGGGAGGAGGAGGCUAAUGAAUUUCUAAAGUUCCUUAAGCAUAGUGAGUAUAGCAUGGUCAAGCAGUUGCGUAAGCAGCUAGCUCGCAUAUCAGUAUUGGCUCUACUUUUGAGUUCUGAGGCGCAUAGGAAAGCAUUGAUGAAGGUGCUUAACGAAACAUAUGUCACUCAUGACAUAUCCAUUAAUAAGCUAGACCGAUUGGUGAACAACAUUAGCGCGGAUAAUUUCAUCUACUUAAAUGAUGAUGAAAUCCCACCGGGGGGCAGAGGGUCAACUAAGGCCUUGCAUAUUACUACUCGAUGCAAGGGGUACACACUCUCAAGUGUGCUCGUUGAUAAUGGAUCGACUUUGAAUGUUCUACCAUUGUCUACAUUAAACAGAUUACCCAUCGACGAUUCUCACAUGAAGGCAUGUCAGAAUGUGGUAAGAGCCUUCGACGGCACAGAAAGGAAGGUAAUGGGAAGAAUUGACAUUCCCUUGGAAAUCGGGCUGAACAUGUAUGAAGUAGAUUUCUUGGUAAUGGAUAUCAAGCUUUCCUAUAAUUACUUAUUAGGCAGGCCAUAG